UAACUGGGCUACUGUGAAAAUCUGUUAUUCACAUUAAUCUGUGCAUGUUAGAUAAUCCACAAUUAUCAAAUGUUCAGCACAGAUGAUUAACAGAGGGAGGGAGAGAGGAGAGGCGGAGGGAGGGAGGGAGAGAGGCACUGAACAUGUGAAAAAGAGAGCCACUCUGCAAAAGGAUUGCAUGUUGGUGUGUACAACAAGAGGGAGGACACUGCGAGAUGAUUGGUACACAGAAAUAGCUCAGCCAAUCAGAGUGAUGACAGGAAAAUAACAGGCUCAGAGAGAAAGAAAGCUUAGAGAGAGAGAAUAUCACUGACAUACAGAGGAGGAAGGCAACAAAAGUGGAUCAAAUUGGGAAGAGCAACUAUGCCUACAGAUAGAUUAGAUCAUAGUGAGAAUGUCUAGUAAUGGGUAGAGUGACAGAAGGGGAAAUCAGCCGUUCUACAGUGGAUCAUUCAAGGAUGCUUGAAGGUGCAGAAUCAGCCUCUUGGGAGAUAAUGCUGUGAAGGCCCUGAGAAGAAAGGCUGCACACAGCCAAACCAAAGCCAGUGAGCAACAGCACUGGGUGGAGGCCGUGAACGGAUUCAAACGAGUGUAGAAAAAAAAGACAACAUGAGGACAUCCAGGAAAGGAAGCGUGGAAAUGCCUGCUUUUGUAAGGCAGCUGGUGAAGGAAACCGAGAAAAGGGUCACCUCCUUUUUUAAAGGGGGGCGAGGGGGAGGUGCGGGGGAGCUGUCCGAAGGCGAAGAGGGAGGAGAGGAGGAAGGGGUCAUCCCUAGCCCCUACUUAGAUCGACCGGUUCUGGACAAGCACAUGCAAGAGGGAUGUGCCUCCUGGGGACUUACCUACGCCCUGGCCAGCAUGCAGGGUUGGAGGGCCCACAUGGAGGAUUUCCACAACUGCUUCCCUCAGCUAGGAGGGGAACUGUCCCAUUGGGGGUUCUUCGCCGUGUUCGAUGGACACGCAGGGAGCGCGGUGGCCCAACACUGCUCCCGGAACCUGCUGGACCACAUCUUGGGCACAGGCAAGAUCCGAGCAGAUGAGGAUGUGGAAAGGGUCACUGAGGGUAUCAAGGAGGGCUUUUUUCUCAUGGACAAGCACCUUCAUGCCAUGGCCUGCCGUGAGGGUUGGGAACGUGGAGGGACCACUGUCGUUUCCACUGCUAUCACCCCGCACCACAUCUACUUUGUGAACUGCGGAGACUCUCGGGCCGUCUUGUGCCGUGCUGGGCGGGUUGCCUUCUCUACAGAGGACCACAAGCCCUUCAGCCCUGGUGAGAGGGAGAGGAUAGAGAGCGCUGGAGGAUCUGUGACUUUGCAGCGAGUGAAUGGCUCGCUGGCAGUCUCUCGGGCAUUGGGCGACUUCAGUUACAAGACAACCGAGUGGCGGCCGGUCACAGAACAGAUGGUCUCGCCCGAGCCGGAAGUGUCGGCUGUGGAGCGCUCGCCAGCAGAUGAGUUUCUGGUUCUGGCCUGCGAUGGUGUGUGGGACACUGUCAGUAAUGAAGAGCUCUGUGCCUUCGUACACAGCCGACUGCGUGUCUGCACAGACCUGAGAGAGGUCUGCUCCCAGGUCAUCGACCUCUGCCUCUAUAAGGGGAGUCUUGAUAACAUCAGCAUCAUUCUAGUCUGUUUCCCUGGCGCCCCCCAGCUGUCACCUGAAGCACUGCACCAGGAGGCCGAGCUGGAGGACUUUCUGGAGUCCAAAGUAGCUGAGAUAUUUGAAGAGCUGAGUGCAAGAGGCGAUGAGCCUGAUCUGCUGUCAGUUCUGACAGUUCUGGCUUCAGCAGUGAUACCUGGACUUCCACCAGGGGGCGGCCUUCAGAGCAAGCGGAACUGUAUAAUUUCGGCCUACUAUUAUCAGAAAGAGGCACGGCGAUCAAGAUUAGCCCAGGAAUUCCAUCCUACAGAUGCCAAUUAGAGUCUGUGUUUUAUAAAUGCUUAAUGGGUGUGCUAGAUUGAGGAAGAAGUAAAGCUGAUCCGUUUUCUGUCUUUUAAACUCAUGAAAAAUGGAAAGGAUCUUCUUUUUGGACAGCAACACAAAUUUUACUUCCUUCUUUUUGUAUGUUUCUUGAAUGACAAACUUACAAAAAGUAAUGCUGUUCCACAAUGCAGGACAAUGAUGACUGUAUAUAACUUUGACUCUUUAGAUUGUGAUACGUUCAGUAUUUUCCUUACCAAAUGUAUUCAAUGAGUCUUACAAUCAACAAUACUCAGGUAAUGUGUUUAAGCAGUGAUGACAAACGUUUAAGAUUCU